UGUGCGCCUUGGGCGUGUGCUGACACCGUCUGCCGUGCAUCUCUCCGUUGCCACAAACCUCAAUCCAAUUCGCCUCAUUAUAUUCGCUCUGGCCUAUUCCCCCUCGGAGUUAAUUUGCUAGGUUCUGCUCUUCCCCUACCCCCCUUCAAGUGGAGGUGUGGCUAACACCCUUCUAGGAUUACUCCCCCUCUCUCUCUUCUCGUCUAUCCUGCCUGCCUGCCCGCCUGCUUGGCUUGGCAUUGGGCCGCAUUGGACCGCAUUGGACCUUGACUCUUGCUGGGUUUGCUAGAGCUGUAGGUUUUAGUCGACACCGCCCAGGUUGUUCAUUAGGGCAUUGAAUUCUGAGCGAUCGGUGGGAGGUAGGAGUUGUGGGAGUUAGUGGAGAUGGCGGCCUUGUCACCAUUCUCGGCGACCGUGGCAUCGUCGUCCUGCGGCGUGACUCCUCUGAACCGGCCUGUCGUCCCCCAGGGUGCGCGCGCCCAAUGCCGAGCCGGCUUGGGUGGUCUGCUAUCGACUUUCGAGGGAAUUAAGCAAGUGGGCGAUGUGAGCAAGCUCGGCAAGUCCGAGCUGUAUGGCUCUCCAGUGGCUGUGCCGGCCCCGAGGGCGGCCGAACGCCAGGCAUCGCUGCGUGUGGCUCCCAAGGCAAUGAUGGGAGGUGGCGGCAUGUUCACCCAGACGAGGCCAGAGGUGAGACGCAUUGUCCCUGCGUCCAGGCCGGGAGUGCCGGUGGUGAAGGUGGUGUAUGUGGUGCUGGAAGCGCAGUACCAAUCCUCCCUUUCAGCCGCCGUGAGGAAUAUCAACAGGACCCGCAAGGAGGUGCAGAUCGAGGUUGUGGGGUAUCUUGUUGAGGAGCUGCGUGACGCAGAGAACUUCGAGACGUUCAAGAAGGAUGUUGGCGAAGCGAACGUCUUCAUUGGAUCAUUGAUAUUUGUGGAGGAGUUGGCCCAGAAGGUGAAGGAGGUAGUGGAAGCCAACAGGGACAGGAUGGACGCGGUGGUGAUAUUCCCGUCCAUGCCAGAGGUGAUGAGGUUGAACAAAUUGGGCACAUUCUCCAUGUCUCAGCUGGGGCAAUCGAAGAGUGCGAUUGCCCAGUUCAUGAGGAGGAAGAGGAAGGAGAAUGUAGGGAACUUCGAGGAGGGCAUGUUGAAACUCAUCCGCACGCUGCCGAAGGUGUUGAAGUACCUGCCGAGCGACAAGGCUCAAGAUGCGCGGAACUUCAUGAUGAGUUUGCAGUUCUGGCUGGGAGGCUCUCCCGAGAACCUGGAGAACUUUUUGGUGAUGAUAUCGAACGCGUACGUCCCGGCAUUGACGGGCCAGAAGUUGGAGUAUGACGACCCUGUGGUGUCCCUGGACACGGGCAUCUGGCACCCGAUGGCCCCUCAGAUGUACGACGACAUUAAGGAGUAUUUGAAUUGGUAUGGAACCCGACGCGAUGCCAACGAGGCCCUGAAGGACCCGAAGGCGCCGGUGGUGGGGAUUGUGUUGCAGCGAAGCCACAUCGUGACUGGUGAUCACGGUCACUAUGACGCCGUGGUCAUGGAGAUGGAGGCGCGGGGUGCGAAGGUGGUGCCAAUUUUUGCAGGUGGCCUGGACUUCUCUGGACCCGUGGAGCGAUUCUUCUACGACCCGAUCACGAAGAAGUCAUUGGUUCAGUCGGUGGUUUCUCUGACUGGAUUUGCUCUCGUGGGUGGACCCGCAAGCCAGGAUCAUCCUAAGGCCAUUGAAGCUUUGAAAAAGCUGGAUGUGCCGUAUUUGGUCGCACUUCCUUUGGUAUUCCAGACGACCGAGGAAUGGCUGGGCAGCACUUUGGGACUGCACCCUAUUCAGGUUGCCCUCCAAGUUGCCCUACCUGAGUUGGACGGAGGUUUGGAGCCAAUCGUGUUCUCCGGGCGUGAUAGUCGCACAGGCAAGUCCCAUGCGCUCCACGACCGCGUGGACCAGCUGUGCACUCGGGCCAUCAAGUGGGCUAACCUGAAGCGGCUGGCGAAGGCGGAGAAGAAGUUGGCGAUCACGGUGUUCAGCUUCCCCCCUGACAAGGGAAAUGUCGGGACCGCCGCGUAUCUGAACGUGUUCUCGUCCAUUUAUAGUGUGUUGAAGGAGUUGAAGGCUGACGGGUACAACGUGGAGGGGCUCCCCGAGUCAUCGGAGGCACUCAUAGAGGAGGUGAUUCACGACAAGGAAGCUCGGUUCAGCAGCCCCGACCUGAAUAUCGCGUACAAGAUGCCGACACGGGAGUACUAUCAGCUGACUCCUUAUGCGAAGGCACUGGAGGAGAGCUGGGGCAAGGCCCCGGGGACUCUGAACUCAGACGGGCAAAACCUGCUGGUGUAUGGAAAGCAGUUUGGGAACGUGUUCAUCGGUGUCCAGCCUACGUUCGGAUAUGAGGGAGAUCCGAUGCGUCUUCUGUUUUCGAAGUCGGCGAGCCCUCACCACGGGUUUGCCGCGUACUACACAUUUUUGGAGAAGAUCUUCAAGGCGGAUGCUGUUCUGCACUUUGGAACUCACGGAUCACUGGAGUUUAUGCCCGGAAAGCAGGUGGGCAUGAGCGACAUCUGUUACCCCGACAGCUUGAUCGGGAACAUCCCCAACAUCUACUAUUAUGCUGCGAACAACCCGUCAGAAGCUACGAUUGCGAAGAGGCGUAGCUAUGCCAACACCAUCAGCUACCUGACACCCCCUGCCGAGAAUGCUGGUCUGUACAAGGGACUGAAGCAGCUGAGCGAGCUGAUCUCAUCUUACCAGUCAUUGAAGGACUCUGGGCGUGGUGCGCAGAUCGUGUCGAGUAUUAUCAGCACUGCGAGGCAGUGUAACCUGGACAAGGACGUGGAACUGCCUGGCGAGGAGGCGGAGCUGUCAGCCGACGAGAGGGACACCGUGGUAGGUAGGGUGUACGGAAAGCUCAUGGAGAUCGAGUCGAGGCUGCUGCCUUGCGGGCUGCACGUGAUCGGAGAGCCUCCGAGUGCCGAGGAGGCGGUGGCAACGCUUGUGAACAUUGCUGCCAUCGACAGACCGGAGGAGGACAUCGCUGGGUUGCCAGGGCUGUUGGCUCAGGCCGUGGGGCGUGAGAUUGAGGACGUCUACAGGAGUAGUGAUCGGGGUGUGCUUGCCGACGUGACUCUGCUGAACGAGAUCACACAGACGAGCCGUGAAGUGGUGGGUGCGUUCGUGGCGAAGACGACGAACAAAGCCGGUCAGGUGGUUAACGUGCAGAAUGGUCUGGCCAACCUCUUUGGUUUCGCAAAGAAGGAUCCAUGGAUGGAUGCUCUGCAGAACACGAAAUUCAGGAACGUGGAUCAGGCGAAGAUGACCACUCUGUUCGAGUUUUUGGCAUUCUGCUUGAAGCAGGUGGUAGCGGACAAUGAGCUAGGCGGUUUGAAGGAAGCGUUGGAAGGGAGAUUCGUGGAGCCUGGCCCAGGAGGAGACCCGAUCAGGAACCCGAACGUACUGCCAACGGGGAAGAACAUCCACGCUUUGGACCCCCAGGCCAUUCCGACGGCUGCGGCUUUAGCGAGCGCGAAGAUCGUCGUAGAUCGUCUGCUGGAGCGUCAGAAGAUAGAGAAUGGUGGCAAGUAUCCGGAGACGAUCGCAUUGGUGUUGUGGGGUACGGACAACAUCAAGACGUAUGGGGAGUCUCUUGCCCAGGUGUUGUGGAUGGUGGGUGUUCGGCCAGUGCCCGAUUCGUUGGGGCGUGUGAACAAGAUCGAGCCAGUGUCUCUGGAGGAGCUUGGACGACCUCGCAUUGACGUGGUGGUGAACUGCUCGGGCGUGUUCAGGGACCUGUUCAUCAACCAGAUGAACUUGCUGGACAGAGCAGUGAAGACUGUGGCAGAGCUGGAUGAGCCUGUGGAAAUGAACUUUGUGCGCAAGCACGCGUUGGAGCAGGUGGAGACCCUAGGGGUGUCGUUGCGGGAGGCUGCGACUCGAAUCUACUCGAACGCCUCAGGGUCGUACUCCUCGAACGUCAACCUGGCGGUGGAGAACUCAUCGUGGAACGAUGAAAAGCAACUGCAGGACAUGUAUUUGUCACGGAAGUCGUUUGCUUUUGACAGCGAUGCUCCCGGUGCUGGAAUGAGCGAGAAGAGGCAGAUCUUCGAGUCUGCUCUAGCAACAGCAGACGCGACGUUCCAGAACCUGGACUCUUCGGAGAUUUCGUUGACGGAUGUGAGCCACUACUUCGACUCGGACCCGACGAAGCUCGUACAGAGUUUGAGGCCGGACAAGAAGGCACCAGCUUCGUACAUUGCGGAUACGACGACUGCAAACGCGCAGGUGCGGUCUUUGGCGGAAACGGUGAGGCUGGAUGCCCGGACGAAGAUGCUGAACCCGAAGUGGUACGAGGGGAUGCUGUCGAGCGGUUACGAGGGUGUUCGUGAGAUCGAGAAGAGGCUGACAAACACGAUGGGUUGGAGUGCAACUUCUGGCACGGUGGACAACUGGGUGUACGAGGAAGCGAACAACACCUUCAUUAACGACGAGGAGAUGCAGAAGAGGUUGUUGGAGACGAACCCCAACUCGUUCAGGAAGCUGGUGUCGACGUUUUUGGAAGCGAAUGGGCGCGGCUACUGGGAGACUUCUGAGGACAAUCUGGAGAAGUUGAGGCAGUUAUACCAGGACGUGGAAGACAGGAUCGAGGGCAUUGACAAGUAGAGGAAGGCCUGUGAAUAUGAAGUCGUUUGGAAUAGCGGGGACGAGAAACCGCGAGGUCGCAGGAUGGUGGCGGUGUGUAAUUUUGUUGGGCAACGUGAAAAUAGCAGGCUCGCAUUAGUUGACAAUUCAUUGGAUAGGGUUAGAGUGGGAUCUAGCCCUUGAUACCAGGUCUCGGUUGUGCGUUUGCGAACAUUGGUGUCAUGUAACAGUAGUCGGUGUAUGUAGCACGGGAAAGAUGAGAAAUUAUUGAGAAACGGGUGUGAUGUUUCAGGGGGUCCUCGUUGUGUAAUGCUUCGUUGGUCCUUUUCAGUAAACCAAUGUUAUUGGCUGUUAGUA